GACGAGGGCGGCGACACUCUCCUCCACUCGGCUCCACGGCGUGGGACGGCGCGGACGUGGUUUCGGAGGGAUGUCCGCCUUCUCUGAGGCGGCGCUGGAGAAGAAGCUGUCCGAGUUGAGCAACUCGCAGCAGAGCGUACAGACCCUGUCCCUGUGGCUCAUCCACCAUCGCAAACACUCGCGGCCCAUCGUCACAGUGUGGGAGCGGGAGCUUCGCAAAGCCAAACCCAACAGGAAGCUUACUUUUCUCUACCUGGCCAAUGAUGUCAUUCAGAAUAGCAAACGGAAAGGACCAGAGUUCACGAAAGACUUUGCGCCAGUCAUAGUGGAAGCGUUCAAGCAUGUUUCAAGUGAAACUGAUGAAAGCUGUAAGAAGCACCUCGGCAGAGUGCUGUCUAUUUGGGAAGAGCGAUCCGUCUAUGAGGAUGAUGUGUUAGACCAACUUAAGCACGCACUCUAUGGAGAUAAGAAGGCCAGGAAGCGGACUUAUGACCAAAUAAAGGUGGAUGAGAAUGAAAAUUGUUCCUCUCUGGGGUCCCCAAGUGAACCACCACAGACUCUCGACCUUGUUAGAGCAUUACAAGAUUUAGAAAAUGCAGCCUCGGGUGAUGCAGCAGUUCAUCAAAGGAUAGCUUCUUUGCCUGUCGAAGUUCAAGAAGUGUCCCUGCUUGAGAAGAUAACAGAUAAAGAAUCUGGAGAAAGGCUUUCUAAAAUGGUAGAGGAUGCUUGUAUGUUGCUGGCAGAUUAUAAUGGCAGACUGGCGGCAGAAAUAGAUGAUAGAAAACAGCUCACUCGAAUGUUAGCAGAUUUUCUUCGUUGUCAAAAGGAAGCCCUUGCAGAGAAAGAACAUAAAUUGGAAGAAUAUAAGCGCAAGUUAGCCAGAGUUUCCCUGGUUCGCAAAGAACUCAGAGCCCGGAUCCAGAGCCUGCCAGACUUAUCUCGAUUGCCCAAUGUCACUGGCAGCCAUGUGCACCUGCCCUUUGCUGGGGACAUCUACAGUGAAGAUUGAUGGCCAGUCUCUUCCAAAGCCAGGACUUUGCCAGACGUGGAGACAGGUUAGGUGAAUAGUCCUGCAGAGUUAUUUUUGUACGUUUUCAGAGAAUGGUACAAGAAAUGACAAGGAAUUAUAAAAUGGUUUAAAUGUUGGUUUGUUUACUCUUUUAUUAGUGAGUUAACAUGACUUAGUUAAAACCAAGUGAUUUCUGUGUAUUAAUGAGCCUAAAAUAGUGCUUAUUUUCAAAAGAUCUUUUUUGUAAGUUUUGUUUUUUGAUGUUUUUGAGGCCUUGUGAGAAAUUCCAUGUUUCUGUUUCUUCAUGUAUUUUCAAUUGUUUUUCUUUAUUUUUUUUUUUUUCAGUAUCUAAUCACUGUACACUAUCUAAUUCCUAAGAGAAGAACUGAUCAAGAGCUGAUGUGAGACUGUAUUAUGGUAUUGUUAGGACUUGAUUAUAGAAGAGACUAAAUGUUUCCACCUCACCUUUACCCUUCUUACCACCCAAAUAUUGCUUCUCUGUGUCCUCAUGCCUUUGAAUUUUUUAUUUCCUGGAGGUCAGUAACUUAACCCUAGGCAUGGGUGUCACAUGAAGGGUCAGAUUACAGCCUAUGGAGCGUUUUUCCAUAGCACUGCAGUAACUCCACCCCGAAGGCCAGCCCAGGAUAAAGGCCUGCUCAGUAGACUUCCUUGAUUACACUGUAGAGCUAAGUGCAUUCAGUGCUUUGAGGACAAUGUAAGUUUUGACGUCCUACCAAGAGUACAGCUGACUGCUUCAGUCAGGUCAGUCAUCAUGUGUCAUUGGUCCCUUUAACAAAACACCAGCCGUGGGGAGUAAAGGAAACGUCAGAAAGUGACAUGCUUAUUCCCCGUCCAUAUAAUGUAAAAUAGCACUUAGCUUAAGUAGCUCAAGAACUCAGUAUCCAUAAUACUCAGUUAAGCAGCUUGAAACAUUUUAUUUCCUUAAAGUUUUUGAAUAACUAUAUAUUUGGGAAUUAAGCAAUGCUACAACAGGGUAGAUCUGGUGAGUUUUAUACUUGUGUGUUUACAGAUGUACAUAAAAAGCAAAUGUACCUUUACUCGGUCCUGGUGUGUUAGAGAGGUGCAUGCUCUCCAGCUUUCUUUUAAGUUACAUUGUGAACCUGCAGGUUUGUAUUUGGUAAUGACAGGGGACUAUUUUUCUCCUUCAUUGCUUUGCAUUUCUCGUUGUAAUCAGAGUCAAACUAGUUAGUUAAUAGAACACCUUUUAAGUUUCACGGGCCAAUUAUAUCUUGCUACUCUGAAUGGCUUCAUUGUUUCUUUCUCAGUAUUAAGAGAUUAUAGUUGAAAUGAAUUACAUGUGAAGGAUGACAGGUAAUUUAUCUUCAAUAGUCAGUAGGUUGGGAAACAGUGCUUUUAACAAUCUGACCUCUCUCCGAGUAGUUCUGUGUAUAGCAUCAUCCAUCCCCUGCCUGUCCUACCUUCCAGUGCUUUAGACAGCUUUGGGGAGUUAGGACACAUUUCCUUAUAGAAGCUAUAGCAGGGUCCCUGUGCACACCACAGACGUACUUAACCUGUACUGUGGCUGAGGAGUGGCUCAUGGCACAUCCUGAGCAGCAUUUGUCUGUCACAGGAAGGGGUUUGUGUGUGGCAGCCAGCCUCUCCCCUGACAGUAGGGUGUCUGCCAGUGCUGCUGUCUUUUCCCUAGGUGUAGGGAUGGAAGAAAAGAUUCAGCAAAGGAGGGUGGACAGACGCACAUUUCACACCCUGGUUAUGCCUGUUUUGAAAGUAUACCAAGUAAGUUAGUUUUUGUUGUUCUUGAUGUUUUUGGAAGCAGAAGUUUUGUGUGUUAACUUAUUUUCAGUAUCUUGAACUUAUUUAUGAUUUGCUGACAUGGUGAUUUAUCCAUCUAAAGUAGAUACUUUUUUCCAUUUAAAACUAAUUUAUAAACGGUGUACUCUUGGAAAGAUACAAAAUCUUUUAGAAGUUUGCUGAAAUAUUUUCACCAUGAAGACAGACUUAGAUACUCUUUUGAUGCCAGUAUCUGAUCUAAAUAUUUAUGAUAAAAUGUAUUAUUUUUUUAAAGAGUUUGAUGAGAUCUGUGAUAAAUGCUAGUACUUAAAACCUGGGUCCCAUAAACCACAGUUGUUAGCUCACUAACUGAACACAAACUGUACAGUAUGUUCUAGAAGUAAGUUUUCCAGCCUUAACAGUAGUUAACAUGGUAAGCCUUAGGAGAUAGUCUAAGCUGGGUGUGGUGGUGCACGCCUUUAAUCUCAGUACUUGCGAGGUAGAAGUAGGAUCUCUGUGAGUUUAAGGCCAGCCUGUUUGUUCUACAGAGCUCUAUGUAGUGAGAUUCGUGCCAUUAGUUUCAUGGUGAGACCCUGCCUUAAAAGAAAAAGGAAGGAAGGAAGACAGACAGACAGACAAACAGGUUUAGGUGAGGGUAUAAAAUACCGAACUCUAAAUCAUGCACAUUUUCUCUACCAUGCAUCUGAGGUGUGAGAGCAACCUGGCCUGGCCCUCAGGGCAAAGUGAGUCACAUUUGCAGCAAGGCCCUAUGCUGUGAAUGGACACCCUCCUCUUUUCUCCACAAACAGUGCAGAGAGCUGUCUGCAGUGGCAGUUUGAACAGAUUCCUGGUGCCUCUCUGCUCCUGCAACACUACAGUAAGUAAAAGAACCACAGGGGGAGCUGGGAGCCUGGAAAGGAGCUGUGCUCUGCGCCAGCCUUCCCUGAGGAAAGCUACCCUGCAGGUGUGUGAUAGCGCUCCACAGCAUUCUGAAUCAGGGCUUCUCUUUAAGAAAUCCCUUAGAAUCAACAAAAGCUAGGAUGAUCCAGCCAUCAUGAUUUUCAGAGUUCAAAGAAUGUGGUUGGUCCGCUGUCACUGUCACGUGAGCAGUGUCGCGGUGUGUUCAUGGACUGGUCUGAGAAGUCUGGAGAGGACAAGAACAGUGACUGGGAGGCAGGAGGCCUUCCUGAAUUCCCACUCUGAUGGACAGGAUGUGAAGUAACACAAACCCCUACUUUACCAACUGCUAGGAGUUACUCCUAAAGAUGAGCCGUGCUUCCCAGGUGUGCUCUACAAAGUUGCUAAGGGUGUGGACUCGGCUCUUCUGUACAGAAAGGGAACAUGUGUCACUUAAUGGAUUUGGUUACACAGAGCUUUUGUUGCCAUCUACAGUCAGCCUGAGGUGACAGGAGCACAUGGGAAAAGGAUUCUCCCUGUCUUUUACAAACCCUUUAACUGUAUCUGAUGACAGUAUAAGAUAUUAAUAAAGUUUUAUGUUCUUUUUGAA